AGGGCGGUUCUCUCCCUCAGGGCCCGCAUGCAGCGGGUGCUGGGCUGGGGGGCCCGCGCCGCCGCGCUGUGCCGCGGGCUCCGCACCGGCCCCCCGAGGCUGCAGGACACGGCGGGGGCGGCUGCCAAGGAGACGGAGAAGCAGAGCGCGACCGAGCAGAGCUCUUUAAUCCUGCAGAGAAACUCCAUGCGAUGGGAUGGGAAGGUUUAUGAAGAGGUCCCGAUAGCUCACAUCAAAGCAACGUACAACAACACCCACAUCCAGGUGGUCAGCUUUGACAACCAGCCGUUUUCCCGCACGUCCUGCGGCACAGAAGGCUUCCAGAACGCCAAGAAGGGAACUGCCAUCGCAGCCCAGACCGCAGCCAUAGCAGCAGCAGUGAAAGCACGUGGGAAGGGUGUAUUGCACGUAMGAGUCAUGGUGAAAGGACUGGGACCAGGACGGAAGGCUGCCAUCAAGGGGUUGACGAUGGGAGGUUUGGAGGUCAUCUCCAUCACUGACAACAGCCCAGUCCCCCACAACGGCUGCCGCCCACGGAAAGCCAGGAGAAUGUGAGGGACACACAGUUUCCAAUAUCAGUUCAUCAGGGACUAAGAUGAAUGUUGUUCCUGUGACAGAAGGCCACCUGGAAAGCCACCCUCCCUGGAAAUUACRUGUUGAGGGAAGCUUGGUGAGACUGUCCUGAGCCUUAAAAAUGCAGGAGGUAGAAGCUGGUGCUGCAAACAGGAAUCCAUGUAUUCCCUUAGUGGGAAGCCUCUUGUCUWCGGAGUUUGUUGAUUAAAAUGUUGGUCUUCUGACAGCCGUCCCUGCUGUGUUCCCAGAAGUAUUUUGGAUUAUUGCCUCUUGACUGCUCUCUUCCUCUUACCACCAUAUGUGGCUCUUGUCUAGCCCUCUAUGCCAUUAGUGCCCUUCUUAGGAAUUAAAGAGAGCCUGAAGUUUCAAUGUCCUUGUAGUCAUCUGUAGUAAACAACUCCACGGGGUCAGGUCAUCUUCGUUCCCUUUUUCUGUCACUGCCCACGCUGGGAAACAAGGCAUGGGGUAACUCUUUCCUUCCCCCUGGCCUGCAGAGCUCUGUGCUGUGCAGGAGGCAGCGCUCUCUGUGCACAGAGCAUGGCCUGGAUCCAUUCCUGGCAUCUGUUGCAGUGCUUUGUUUCACCCAAGCUGUACUGACCUGCCACUGCUCUUGGCAAAGGAAAGCACUGUUCUUUUUGAAGGGGCUGCUGGGAUCUUGCCAGGUUUGAUGCUUGCAAUCUCUUUGGCCCUGCCUUGUGCACCACAAACUGGAUUUUCCAGGGUCCUGGGGAAAGCAAGCAGGGGUUAGUAGGCCCAAGGAACAAUGAAAUGCUGCCAGGGAGAUAUAAAAUGCUUAAGUCUUGAAUUGUACCUCUGUAUCCACAAGCAGCAGGAGCUUGUUGCGGGUCUGUGAUGUAUUAUCGCUGUCCCAGCUCCAUCCAGAAUUUCUGCCAAGGAAAUUUCUGUCUGGAGCAUUAAGCAGGGAAGGUAACAGCAGUAACUGACUACAGGAUUGAUUUCCUGGAUGGCCGAGGCACAGUACCUAGCAAAGGGCUUCUCCUUGAAAUCCCUGCUGCCAGAGAAGCACUGGCCCUAUACAACAUGCACUGGGAAAGUAUUUCACCUGUAAACAGGGUGUAUUUUAGAGCAGCCAGCAGUUCUGUUGCAAACCCAGAAUCUUCAUUUCUAUUACUUCUCUUUCUAUCAUUCCUCUGUAGUUUCUUAAAUUGCAUAAUUAACUAUUUUCUUCCUUUUUAGAGAAAGGGUACCAUAGCAACAAGGCACUGAACCUCCUUCAUGGGGCUGAAUCUCAUACGGCAGGUUUUGAAAGAAAUCACUGCUUAGAAAAGCCUGUUGAGUUGCAUUUGACAGAAGAGAAGAAAACAAGAUUCAGACAAAUCCCCUACCUUAGUCCAACUCUCUGAAUUUGAAGGGAGGGUAGGUGAUCUUAAAGGAAGUUCCUUGAGCUGUCACAGAUUUGACAGCGAGGAAGAGAGGCUCUUCCWUAAGUGUUUAACACGCUAGAAGAGCUUCCCUCUCACUCCAGAAAAACAGCUGCACUAGUGACUUUGUAUUCUACUUUUUAAGGAGAAGAGAGCAGGUCAGCCAUACACUGGCAGGAUGCACUCUGAGUGUGCAGGCAGCUGCUGGAGAGGGGGUGUGUGAUGUGCCUACAGCAAGGCUGGGCUGGUGUCUGCCAGCCUGAGAAAGGAGGGGCACCAGGCUGUGCCGGCGGGUUUGUCUAACACACACAAACCAAACACUGCUGUUCUCUGCUACAGCCUGUUCAUUGCAUCAAUGCACAAGUGCCCACGUCACAUGAAGAUAGAACAAACUGAAAAAUAUGAUUGUGAAGAGACCUGUGGUUCUUCAGAAAUUCAGGGAAGAGUAUGUGGUUGAAUUGAGAGUCAGAAAACAAGAGUKAAGUCUUUGUCUUACCCAGACUUAGAGUCAAGACUACCCUCUGUAAAGGCCACUCCUUAACACUCUUGGUUUCUGGGUGUUUGUGAAUGUUUUAGGAAGUCUGCCACUGCAUCACCACUGCUUAUACAGUGGGAAGUUUUAURUCUCUCUCUGCCCUGCCUACUUCUGAUGGCUACCCCUACUUCUUCCUCUGACUGACAUUCCUAUACACUCUCUGCCCGGGACAGAAGAGGCUGACACUUGUCAGUGGCUGGAGUCUGUACAGUAUCAUGCAAAUCUUCCAGACCCCUAGCUCCCUGUAUUCUGCACUCCCCAACACAGUGCUUCAGUUGUCCAGCUUUUUAUUGAAAUCUUUUUUUCCAUCCACCUUCUCUCCUGCCCUGACUGUUAAUGCACAUUCUGAACUGUUGAUCCUACAGCACAUCCCGGGGCUUUGGGGCAGUCAGUGGGGUGAGGGAGCACAGCUGCACAAAGCAAGGGCUCGGGUGCUCCUUCCUGCACAUGCUGUACAGUGAAAGAAGGCUUAAUAUAAAACUCUCUGUUGUGGUUCAUGUUGCAGGCAAUUAAUAGACACCAAUAGUGCUUAACGAUUUCCUUACCCUUCAAAUGAAACUAUUAAUUAAGGACCUGGUUUUAGUCAGCCACUGGUGUUUACGAGUUCUAAUUGCUUUUCUUGGCGUCUGGGUGGAAAGCUGUUUUCUACUGGCUCKAAUUCCUCCUGAGCAGCAAUUACUUUAUUGUCAGUAGCAUGGCCACAGCAUUAGCACUCUCAUUAGGGUCAUAUCCCCUCCCUUUGGGCUUCUCUAUUGCUUUUGGGCAUUUUUCUCUCCCUUCUAACUUUUGAUUCCCUACACUCAAAGAUGACUUUUUCUGUGAAACAAUCUCAGAAAUUGCUGCUGGCUGCAAAGCUUCAUCCUGGCCUUUUCUGGGAUUUUGCCUUCCGUUCUAAAUAAACGAUCACAUGGACCUCUCUCCUUUGUAUCCCUGU